AUGGCUGCGCGGGGAUACCAGAAUAACGAUCUGCGGAGGCAGGUUGGGUCUCCUAAACCUAAAGGGCGAGAUCACAAGGAUACCCUCUGCCGAAACAUUCUGAUAUACGGCCACUGUCGGUACGAAAACUCGGGUUGUACCUUCAACCAUGACCAAGGCAAGAACUCCUCUGCCGCGAACGCGAAUAACAAUACCGCCAAUGCUACCCCGAAUACUCCCUCCGAAGCGCCUAAGAAGACGUUGAAUGUUGAAUCUCCAUCUUUUACCCCUUCUAGUAUCGCAAAGAAACCCACCUUCUCCUCUCAGGCCCUCAGCGCCGCUCCUUUCACUCCCAGGGCGAGUUCUGGCGGCGCAUCUACUGGCGCCACAUUACAGCAUAAUGGAGAGCCGAGCGUCUUCAAUCCGAACGCAGCGGCCGUCCCGGAGUUUACCCCACAGAACUAUGGUCUCAGCACUACUACAACAACACCAGUGAGCCAAGAUGCGAGCAUAGCUUACGAUACUUUUUCAAUGGGCACGGUUGGCCAAGCCAUGCCAGCCGCCCCUUACAACCCCUACGUAGAGGAUCAUAGCGCAGCUGCCGCCGCCGCUGCUCUUGGCGCGACCAACCAAGCGUUCUUCCAGCAGAAUGCGUAUGCGACCCAUACUCAACCUUUGCUCCAUCACUUAUACUUCCCCGCGGGCCCUCACAAGGAAGACUUGCUUCCCUAUCAGAGGACAUCCCAUGACUUUUUCAUGUCCGAGAAGCUGAGGCAAGACCUCCAAAAGAAGGCUGAGGCAGCCCGCCAAGUUAUUAAUACUAGCCUCCCACAGCUCGACAACUUCCACAGCCUCGUCGCACUAGAUACGACGAAUAGGAAGAAUGCCAAUAUGUUUGGCUACCCAAGCUGGGUGUACAAGGCAGUUGAUGGGAAGACUGGUCAUAUCCGGUGCCUGAGGAGACUUGAAGGCUUCCGUCUCUCUAACGAGCACGCGAUCCGGACAGUCAAAGAAUGGCGCCGAGUUGACUGCGGAGGCGUGGUGCCAAUCUUUGAUGCCUUUACGACGCGCGCCUUCGGAGACAGCUCCAUCGUUUUCGUCCAGGAGUACUUCCCGCUAUCCAAGACCCUCCUAGAACUUCACUUCCCCAACCAGUCGACGGGCCAUGGGGUUAGAUAUAAGCAGCAGUCGUUGGUUACGGAGAAUGUUCUUUGGGGGUACAUAACACAGAUCGCAAAUGCGCUAAAAGCGAUCCACUCCGCAAACUUGGCGGCGCGUUGCGUAGACUUGGGGAAGAUUAUCUCGACGGAUAAGAACAGGAUUCGCCUUAAUGCCUGCUCCAUUCUGGACGUAGUCCAGUUCGAGGCGAGACGUCCGGUUCAAGAUCUGCAGCAAGAAGAUCUUCUCCAAUUCGGGAGAGCAGUCCUAUCACUGGCGUCCCUCACACCUCCUUCACUCCUUACAAACCCUAAUGCGGCUAUGGAGCAUCUGAGCCGACACUACUCGGUAGAGCUACGAGAUACGGUCUUGUGGCUCCUGACGCCCCAACAGCAGCAAGUAAAGAACAUUGACGAGUUCGUCCGAGGAAUCGCAACGCACUUCGUCACCUCGUUCGACCAGUCCCUUCACCAGGCCGACACACUUAGGUCGGAGCUGGCGACCAGCCUCGAAAACGGGCGCAUCGCCCGUCUGAUGAUGAAACUCGCCACGAUCAACGAGCGGCCCGAGUUCAACGGCGACACUGAAUGGGCCGAGAACGGGGAGAGAUAUACCCUCAAGCUCUUCCGCGACUACGUCUUCCACCAGGUCGAUGCCAACGGCCACCCUGUCGUAGACAUUGGGCACAUGAUUUCGUGCCUCAACAAGCUCGAUGCGGGCGUGGACGAACGCAUCUGCCUGACGAGCCGCGACGACCAAACCGUCUUCAUUGUCACGUACAAAAGCGUCCGGGACCAGCUGAGGGCUGUGUUCACCGACCUCACGCGGGCGUCGAAGGGAGGCCGCGGAGGUCUGUAG